AUGCGAGAACUUCUCGAGAAGCGUCGUUCCCGAGAAGUCUCGAGACUUCUCGUUCCCGAGAACGAGAAGUCUCGAGACUUCUCGCUACCAAGACUUCCCGAGAACGAGAAGUCUCGAUACUUCUCGCUACCAAGACUUCUCGGGAACGAGAAGUCUCGAGACUUCUCGUUCUUGUCAAGUCUUGGUGUCGAGAACGAGGCUUCUUGUGAACGAGAAAUGCCGAGACCUGUGAACGAACGUGACCAAUUUUUUGUGCAAUAAAUGAUAAAUGUUUUACAAGUCUACACUUAUAAGAACUGUUCUCAGCUCUCAUACUUCUCCCAGGAACGUUUUGAGGAGCGCGGCCGAGGAAUUUCCCCGGCCACGAAGCUGUGUACUUCUCGUGGACAACAAGUUUGAGAAUUGAAUCGUUUUUAAAAAGUAGACAGUUCUUCCAUGAAUGUUUUCCCAACACCUCGUCCGCAAAAAAUCGGUUUUCAUCACAAUCUCGGUCUGCACAGAGUCUCUCGGGGCCGCCGCUCUGUUUUGUGGCCAGAGGGUGGAUUUUUUUUUCGUGAAUAAGGACUUUCGUCUACUUCUCGUUCCCGGGAAGUAUCGAGACUUCUCGUUCCCCGGAACGAGAAGUAUCGAGACUUCUCGUUCCCGAGAAGUCUUGGUAGCGAGAAGUCUCGAGACUUCUCGUUCCCGGGAAGUCUUGCUAGCGAGAAGUAUCGAGACUUCUCGUUCUCGGGAACGAGAAGUCUCGAGACUUCUCGUUCCCGGGAACGAGAAGUCUUCACACUUCUCGGGAAAGCGCUUCCCGGGAAGUACUCUCAUCACUUUUUCCGGCAAUUCUCGGGAAUUCAGUCUCGGGAGCUCACCCUGCCGGCCGAUGUGGAUAGUUUUGAGACGAAGUGAGUGUCGGAAGUGAUUAAGCACGUUAAUACAAAUAUUUUAAGCGCUCAAACGGCAAAAAGUGUCGGCGAAUGACCGAAAUUCGCGCAUUUUCAGCACAAAACUUGAAAAUCGAUUCAAUUGAUUCAUUCCUGAAUGAAACCUGCUCGUUUUAAGCUCAAAAAGUGCGCGAUGAUUAGUUUAACAAAGUUAAACAAUUACUUCGUCAAAAUAGUACAAAAUUUGGGUUAUUUUUGACGAAAAACACGAAAAAUGGGGUUAAAUUUCGAAUUUCGCGGCAAAAUGGUGAUAAACUGUGCACGCUAGGCCACGCCCCUUUCUACGUUUUUGUGAAACGCGUAGAACCAUCAGUGGUCAGUCACAAAAUGAUGAAUGUUGUCUGUUUAUGCAAAUGCGGGGUUCAAGUGCCGAUUGUCAUUGUUUACCAGACCCCUCGACAAUAUCAAACCUCCUCUAGUGUCUGAAAAUCAUAUUUUCAGAAUGUCCAGUAGCAGUUCGACGUGUGAUACAGUUCGCAAUGGCGGUAAAGUGGGCGAUUUCGAGAGUUUCGAGAGGAAGACGAUAGAUGAAGAGAAUAAUAUUGAAGUCAGAAGGAGCACACCGGUUAUGGUGAGUUCUGUUUCACCAACUCAUCAUUUAACUCAACUCUAGUCUAUGAGCUCAUUUUCAUACAUUUCCAGAUCUGCCUCAACGCCACAAUCAUCGGAUUGGUGGCGCUGACGUGGUGUCUCUCCACGCAGUUCAGUAAAACCGCGCUGAACUUUGACACGGUACAUCUUGACGCGAACAACUGGAUCGUAGGCAACAUUUUUCAGACAAACUUCAACGCUCCCUACUUUAUGAUGUGGUUCAACACGAAUCUGAUGCUUCUCUGCUUUCCCGUCUACAUUCUCGUGGAUUGGUUGAGGACGAGAAGGAGUGUUCGGGUGAUUGUCAGGUAAAAGAGUUUUCGGUUAACUUCGGAAAUUCUCAAACUUUGUACAAGUUUACAGUGAAACCGCCUCGACGUUCGGCAAGAACAAGGGACUAUCCGUGCGGAAUCUGUUCGUCUACGUGGCGCCGUUCGUGGUCUUUUGGGUUGGUGCCAACUACCCGUACGUCCGAGCCCUUCUUCUGAUCACCCCCAGCGUGGCCACUUCCAUCUCGGCCUGCAACGCCGCGUUCGUCUACAUUCUCGCCAUUUUCCUGCUCGGCGACACUGUCAACGUGUUCAAAGUGAGCCACGAGACUUCCAGAGAUGUCGGUUUUCGAAACGUCGGCACUUUCAGAUCCUCUCCGUGAUCCUCGCAAUCGGCGGCGUCGUCGUCAUCUCGUUGGACCACGAAAUGCGCAUCGAAUGGCUCGGCAUCCUGUUCGCCUUUCUUUCCGCGUUCAUGGCCGCCGUCUACAAGGUCUCUUUCAAGAGGAUCAUCGGAAAUGCGUCUCUCGGCGACGUGUCGCUUUUCAUGUCGUGCUUGGGAUUUCUGAAUUUGAUCAUCAACUGGAUCCCGCCGCUUGUUCUCGCGUUGACCGGUGUGGAGACGCUACGAUUCGCCUACGCUCCCUGGUGGCCGAUGGUCGGCGCCGCUCUGCUUUCUAUGGGUCAGUUGACAAGUGGGAAAGUUCGGUAGGAGAAAACGUUAACGUUCGGAAUAUAGGAAGCUAAUCAAUAAUUGUCCAGUUGAAACCGUGUCCAUUUGCAGCCUUCAACUUCACAAUCAAUUUCGGAAUCGCUCUUCUGAAUCCACUCGUCAUUUCCGUCGGAAUGCUUUGUGGAAUUCCACUAAACACCGGUCAGAUUCACGUUUUUUUUUGCCACAAACCUACUCGUUUUCAGUGAUCGACAUCUUGUUCCGAGGCCUCGAGGUCACAACUCUCUUCCUAAUCGGUACCUGUCUCAUCAUUCUCUCCUUCAUCCUCAUAAUUAUCCCUUACGACAAGCUAGGCCUGAAUGGAAAGUGUGACAACGCUAGAUGCAAAGCGACACAGAACGAUGCGUCCGAGUUUUGUGAAAAGUUGUAG